AUGAGAGAGCUCUUAAACUCAGCAGCACAAAUGUCUACCAAAACCUUCUUCAGCAAACUACCAAUGCAAAGAAACAUUGCUCUCCUAUAUGAUCUAUAAAAUAAGAUAAAGUAGAGCCCAGAUAAAAAUAAGUAAUCAGAUGUGAAUUAAAACCCUAAAAUUGAUAUUAGAAAAAUAAUGUUUCAAAAUUGCAAUCAUCAGGCAUUUGAAAGUGUUUACAAAAAGUAUUCACCUAACAAAACUAAUUUACAACAAUAAGCACAUCUCAACAUCCAUUAGUCUUAGUUUUAAUAAAAUAAUUAUCUAAACUACACUAAUCAUAGUAUCUUGGAUACUUUUGGAUCAACAAGGAAAACAAGCAGGCCUGGGUCAUAAUUAAAUGAUGUAAAUGCAGAGAUUCCCUCACCCUUUUAAAGAGAAAAGGUAUCUCUUCAUAAUACAAGCUUAGAUUUUGCUACAGCAGCUGUCUCUAGUUUGCCAAUCAAUACUCAAAAUAACAAUAUAAAAAUGAUGUAGAAGUUUAGAUUAAACAAUGCAAAAACUGAAAUGAGAAAAUCUCCUUCAAAGAGAAGUAAAAGUCCUGGAUCUUUGUAGUAGAAAUUUGGAUUAAAAAUAGCAAAGCAUAAUAUUUAGUUUCAAAGAAACUAUCCAGAGUAAAUCAGCAAUAACACUACUCAAAAUCACUCUAUUUACGAAAAUGAAAGGAAAUCAGCUUUUGUACAAUCUCAAAGGGGUAGUAUAUAAUAAGAAAGUGGAAGACUACCUAACUAGUUUCACAAAAAUCGGAAAGUGGUCUCUCCUCAUAAGUAAACUAGCUUACAACCAAUGAAUAAGCCAGACAAACUUAAUUCUAGUUCAGAUAUCUUGAUGCAAAUGAAUAAAACUGAUUCUCAUGAUAGAUUAGUAAUCAAGCACAUGAGAAAUAAUGCUAAGUACUUCAAUUCAUUUAGGUAAUCCCCUUAAAUAUAUAUUCGGAAUAACAAUUAAUUAAUGGGUUAAAUAGGAGGCCCAAGGAAUUACCUUAACAUGUCCCCAGAUUUUAUUAAUUAACACAAUAGCCCAAUUAAAUAAUCUCUUAAGUAGGGUAAACCUUCUGAAUAAAAUCUUGAGCAGAUAAUCAUAAACAGACUAAAAGACAUAAACUAUGAACUGUUUAAAGUGAUACCAUUAGAUAAAUUAAUAUAAAAAGCAGCUAAGAGCAAUAAAAAGGGUAAUAGGAGUCCGCCUAAAAGAUCUCAGCUAAUUACUAAGAAGAGUAGAAGUACCUUAAAUAACUCAUCGUUAACUACUUAGUCCAAUAUUACCCCAUCCAAUGGUCGAGCUACAAAUGAUUAUUCCUCAGUUAGAGAUUCAAACCGAAAUAGGACAGACUUGGCAAGUAAUUAGAAUACAGCUGAUGCUCUAUUCAAUAUAAAUUUAAAUGGAAACAAUCACACUUAGGGUAGUCCAUAUUAAAACAAAAGAUCUAAACUUCAUUCGGGGGAAUAAAGUCCCUCUAGGAUAAAUGAAUAAAAGCAAGCAUAUCUAAACGAUGAAUUAUUCUAUUAAAACUCCUAAGCAAAAGAUGAAUUUUUCCAAGAAAAUGCUAACAUGGAUUUCAAGUAUGAUGUACAAAUAAUGUUUGAUGAGUAUAAUAAAUUACUAAAAGAAUAAACAGAGAAUCUUGAGAGAUAAAAAACACCUACCAGAAAGUCAGUUCUUUCCAAGAAAAAUGAAAAACUUAUCUAUCAUUAAAACCAUUAGGAAUACAUGAAUGAUUACAUAAGUAAUUUUGAGUAGCUUUAUUACUAAAAACUUAAUACUGAAAAAGAAAAUAGUAAUGCCAAGAGGUACUAACAGAGUAAUGACAAGGAAGAUUAAGAGUUAGAAUUUAAUGAAUUUGAUGCCUUUGACUUUCAGAUAAUUUCCUAGAAGAUUCAAAAUCAAACAAGAAAGCAGACUAAAUGA